CACCGGCACUCUCGUCUCCGCGUUUGUUUACUUCUCGUUUUCAGAACUUCAGUCGAAAAUAGUGAUUGUUUGAAUUUUUCGUGAAAAAAUCUACAAAAAGGGAGCGUUUCGUGCAUUAAGCGGGCUGAAUGCAUGAUGUGGUCAAACGAAAUACACCUCAAGUUGAAAAAUGUUGUGGAAAUUCGACAUCAGGAGCUGCCGGAACGACGCAGCGGCAGCAGCAGCAGCAGUGAUAGUUCGCUAGAAGAAGCAGCGGCUGCCCCUCAAGGAAGUAUUGGAGGUUUCCUGAAGGAUGGAUCUCUUGGCUGGAUCGCUAGAGGAUCAAUGUUUUCUGUGUUCAGUACUCAAAGCGGUUCGAAGCUGAUGUCCCACAAUUUCGAGCAAGAUUCCAAAACCAGAAAUUGUAUAAUAUGCAGCGCCGAGGAAAUGCCACUGGAAGAGACCAACUGCUGCGUGGUGGCGGUGGCAAUUCAGCUGGAUAACGAUACCGGUAUCGUGGUGGUUUUGACCGUACAAGGAUCGCGACUUUUGGGCCGAAUCGAUAUAAACGAGAAAGUUUCUUGUUUACGGCCGGUAAGCAGGCUCUCAUACAAUAGGGGUCGGUUGGCCGAGUUUAGCGGAUGUCUGGCAGUUGGCACCGCGAGCGGGAAGGUGUUGCUAGUAGACGCUUGUCUAAAAUUUGAUGAGAAUCCCAUUUUCGGUCGACGUUUGGUGAUGAACAAAUUGGAUAGAAAUCAAUGCCACAUAGAGUUUUCCAGCACAGAUGCAGAACAGAUUACUGCCAGCCAUGCGCUGAUCAGAACCAGAGACGUUUAUUUCGGUCUGCAGUUGGAUUCACUGGAAGAGGAAGCAUACAGUCCCGUAACCAGUCUUCUUGACCUUCCCGCACUGAUGGCGGUGGCUGUUGGUUAUGCGGACGGCCGGAUGGUUAUAUACGACCUGCUGGAACUACGGGUAAUCCAUGUCGCCCAUCCUCCGGUGGAAGAUUCUCCGGUGAUCAGUAUGAACAUGAUUGAACCCACCAAUGAUCCGAAGGCUUGCGUCUAUAUCUGGGCAUUCCACGCCGGUGAAGAUGGUUCAUUUGCCGUCUUGCAUACGUUGAUGUACGAGGAGAAAUUUGUGGAACCACACGGUCACGUCUACGAGGGAUUCAUCUCGUGCGGUCCACGGUUGACCAUACCAAGUAAUGACCAGGGAAGUUUCCCUCUCAGUGUGCAAUCUAUUAUGAAAACCGUGAGCCAGGAGGAAGAGGUCCUAACUCUGAGCGUACUGAGUUGGAUUGGCUCCGAUAAGGCCACCAACAUUGUGGUGUUUGAUCUGAACCAGUGGUACAAGGCGGAAAUGCCACAUACGUGCAACUGGCGCCAAGAUUUGAAUCAUACGGUUGUGUUUAGUGUGAAGGAUUUUUCUGUUAAUGUGUGUUUAGUAGCGGAUUCACUUGUCCCGUUUAAUUCCAUCCAGCGUCCGGAGGAGCAUUUCUAUCCAAAUUCAUUGAGUUUUGACAUGAUCACCCUAACAAAUGAUAAUUGUGCCCGAUAUCACUGGACCGGCUUGCAAAACAAAAUAAUCGAAUACUUCGAAAGAAGUGGUUCGGCGUGCAUAAUGGACCCCGGCAAAAUAUACACCGUCAUGUUACGGGCAGCCCUAAUGCCACAGUUCCCCGACUUCAACUACAGCACGGAGGCACCUUUGGACGUGCAGCGAGAAUAUCUGCUUUCGGUGGCAUUGGAGUACAACUGCUACUCACUGCUGCAGGAAUGCGCCCUCAGUUGGGCCGACGGCAGCCAUCUGGGACAGACACCAGAGGAAGGCGUAGCGCUCUCUACUCUCACCGAUUGGAUCUGGAGUCGAGCCAAGGCACUCAAGGAACUCAGCAACAACAUGUGUGUCCCGUUGUUCGAUCUGUCUGGACGAAGAAUCGACUGUGGCACGCAGAAGACACUGCUGCACUGUUCACGCCAGUUGCGACAACUUUCCAAGCUUUACGAUGUGAUAUUCACUCAGUGUAAGCAAUACAUCCCGGAAAAAGUUUUCAAAGCUCUCAAAGCCCAAGGAAACUCAAUUCAACUCGCAGCCGACUAUCAGGAAGUUGUCCAGUGGCUGCUAAAUGUUGGACUUCUGCCUGAGGGAAAUAUCGAUGGUGUAAACCUGUCGGACGAGUUCCUCCUGGUACCGUUUCCGUAUCAGGCGAUUCGGUCGUACUACGCUUCGCAGAGAACCAUGCUUCACGAUAAGCAGCAGGCGGAUAGCAAAGAUCCCACGAGCGUGGAGGACCUCAGCUGCAAAUAUUUGUUCAUCGAUAAUUUCAUUGAGCGAGAAUUUCCGAACGAGGCGCUGAGGAAAAUGUGGAUCGAGAAUAAUUCAACCGGAGUGUAUCCUCCGAAUUCGAUGCAAAAUUUGCUCAGAGCAUUACUGGUGCCGAACGUUAGUGCGGAGGUGAAGUAUGUUUUACUGUGCUACACCUUUAUGGACAUGACAGCCGUUUUAGGAGAAGGAAGGUACAGUGGGAUCGUUCAGAAUUUGAUUAAAUUCCCUGCCGUGUUCAAGUUGAGUUCUGCACUGAUAAAACGCACUCAAGCAUUUUGGUUUCUGGACCAUGGACACAUCGACGGAGCUAUCGAAGAGCUGUUGUCUCCAAUGUCUCAAAGCGAGCAAUUUCCUCACUGGCAGCGGGAAUUUCUUAUCUCUGCACUGCUGCGGUACGAUGCGCCGCAUUUGGCACUUCGUGCUUUGCGGGUUCCCGGUAUGCCAAUCAAUCCAUUCCUUGAGCUGAGAACUCUGCUCGAGAACAAUCUCAUUUCGGAAGCAUUUAAGUUGCAGCGUUCGAAGCACGAUAAAAAGCUACUGAAGUGCUUUUUCGAAGGUACUCUGCGAUCGUCAAAAUACGAGGUACUACUCGAUCUGGCCAUGUCCGAGGAGGAGACUCGUAUAUUGAGGGAGUACUUGACUUCCACUCAUCAACCGAUGGCCGACAAUGUGCAUUUUAUUCACCUGUUGCAAAAGUUGGACUUUGUUGAAGCUGUACACAUGGUCGAUAGGUUAGGCAGAAAACGCACUACGGAGUACAAUCUGGAAGCGCCGAAGGAAGCAUUAACCCUGUACCACGCUGCCCUAGAACCAACGACUCAACACUUGUCCUACUUGGCGUAUGCGGAGCAGAAAGAUCUGCGACCAACGAAGGCACCAUUUGCUGAACCGCUCAGUUCUCGCUUAAUACAAAGUCGAGCUGAUUUUAGGAAUCGGAUCUACCACAAAUCAAUCCUAGCAAUCAAGGAAGCAGCAGCUCCUCUGGACCAUCCGCAACCGUUUCUGGAAAAACCCGGUUUGGGCAUGUUUCAGUUUCAUGCCCAAACUAAAAGUAGCAAAGUGUGUUACCCGAUUAAGCUCGUUUCGAAAGUUUCCAAACGAAAACUGGACGAGGACAAUAUGCACGAAGCGAAAGAAAAAGUGGUUCCAGCAGUUUUCCUUGAUUACGAGAAACCCUCAAAACGCAGAAAAGUUGAAACGGAGAAUCCGUACAACAUGUCUUUUGUAGCACCUAAGAGUGUUCUCACGGAGUUCCGGCCCAUGAAGCCGUGGUUCAAAUUUAGCAGUCACAAUUCGGAAAGAUCAUCAAGCAAAUCGUUUAGCCGUUCGCCUUCAGCACAACUAACGACUCCCGUUGUUAAGAAGAUGUCUUCCUACAAUCCGCCCUCGCCGGAAAGUGUAAGUUCCUACACACCGCACGGAAUUCUUAAAUCCACCGCAUCGGUUCAGAGUUUCUUCAAUCGAAAAAGUGUCUCCCCUACACCUACCGGAACACCACCGACAAUCCACCGCAUCAGCGACGCCGAAGAGAAGAUCCUAAGGUUUGACCUCCCGGAGUCACCACAGGUGGAAAACCUCGAACCAAGUUUUGCCGCAUCCUCGCAACUUCUAAACGAGUCUAUGGUAUCGAAUGACGAAUUCUUUUCACCGGAAGUUUCGGUAGCUACUUUAGAUGACGAAACCUGUAUGGAUAUUAAGAACAGCUUAUCCGCCGGACCGAAACGACGUCGCUCGAUUCACAGUCGAUCGCGGUCCAUAACUCCCGUCGAGAAUAACAUUGCCAUCAUCAUCGAAGACCCCGACGAUGACUCUUCCAGCAAACAGCCCGACAGCCAGGACAUGGACGAAUCCAUGGAGUCGGCAGAGAUGGGUCCGGAUGAUCCGGAAACUCCACCGUUACCAACAGUGAUGCUGCACCAUGGGUCUCAUGCCGGUAAAUCCUUGGAACGUAUGGUGCUGGAGGCGAAUGCUCGUAGAGCUCUUGUGGCUGAAAUGGCGGUUGGAGAAAUUAUGGAAGACACUGAAUCGGAACUGGAGAUUCAGGUGGAGGAAAAAUUGGAGGUUCGGGUAGAAGUGUCUUUACCGGAAUCGGAAGGAGAAUCAGUUGAGGAGCCUCGUGAUGAACCGGUGCUGGCGGAAUCUGUCAGCGGGGAGCAAUUCGUUGAAAAGUGUGCUUCGGAAGCAGCACAGGAUGUACCAUCUGAAGAAGCUUCAGCACCAGAGAGGGUUCCAGAGCCCGGUAGUGAGCAAGCGGUAGUUGUUUUGGAUGAGGAUGAGGAGGAAGACGACGUGCAGGAGGUGCUCCCCGAACAGGAUGUUUCGGAUGAUUACAAUGAUGAAUCGCAUGGAGAGGAAGAGGAACUAGAUCUCGUCGUGGAGGAAGCGUCAGCUGAAGAAGACAUUGAGAUGGAAUCCGACGUAGAGGAAAUCCACGAAGAUGACGUCGACAACAGUGAGGCAUCAGAGGACAGCUCAGCUGUUGAAGAAGUUAUCAACAUUUCAAGUGGUUCGGAAAGUGCGGGAAACAUUAGCAGCGGAAGUGAGAGUGACGAUGAAUCAUCAUCGUCAUCGACGUCGGAUGAUAAGGGCGAUGAUGAGGAAAAACAGGCUGUUGGAGGUGAGCGUACUGUUGGAGCAACUGAACCGGCUGGUCCUAGUACUGAGGAACCGGCUGAAAAUAGACAGUUGUCCGACUUUUAUUCAGACAUCGUUCCGGAGUUUUUGAUGGACCAAGGAAACGUUGAAGACAAGGCGAAGAAUGAAGAAUCUAGCGAUGUACAAGUUUCGACCACCACCUCAUCGACUUCACAUACUGAUAGCGAAUCCAGGGUACGUGAGCAACAAUCACAAGGAGAAGUUUCUGUGGCGAACAGUGAGGAUGACGACGGAAGUAACAGCAACAAAGGCCAUCAAGCGGAGGAUUUGUCAGUUCAGCAAGAAGCUGUAGAGCAAGCCGAAGUUCGCGAACAAACUCCGGAGCCAUCAACAAGUAGAGCACGAGACUUGUCCGUUCCUGCUGGCAAUGAACGGCAAGAUCAACCGGCGGUUGUUUCUGACAACAAAAUAGUCUCUCCUAGCAGGGAAGAAUCGUUUAAGCACGCAAACGAAGAUAAGUUCCUUGGACCGCCGAAAAAUGCCCAUGAGGUCGAAGUUCCUGCUAUGAAUCUCUCCGUAAAGCCGGAUGUUGCCCACGAAGCUAACAGGAAGAACAGUAAAAGUGACGAAAGUGAUGACUCGGCUGCCUUGAAUUUAUCCACCGGGCAGUCCGUUGAACGUCUACAGCCUGAUGAGGAGGUAUCUGAAUCGGAUACAGCAGAUGUCGAUGAAUCGAUAUCUGUAGAGGAACGAACGAAUAGUUCACCGCAGCAACGUGCAGAAAAUGCAGAUGUUGAAGAUCCACUGGAGGGCCCCAGCUCCAGGAUAAUAGCGCCAAAGUCUUCGACAGGGCUGGGUGAGCAAGAACAACCUUUGGAAGCACCCAAUGCAGAAGCAACGCAUGAUGUACAAAACGUAGAGUCGAAAGAAGAUAGUGAAGCAAUCCAAGAUACCGUUCCUAAGGAAACGGCAACAUCUCCGAGCAAGGAAGUGAGCACUCCAGCCAAAAGGGCCAGAAAAGCGUCCACAGGGAGCGUAGAUGUGUCAACUCCUCGGAGUACAAUCAAGACGCGACGAAUGUCUGCCGCAGAACACCUGGAAGAUACGCCGACGAAGCGUACUACUAGGGCAUCAUCACUCGCUCCCGAAGGAAAAUCUCCCGAAACUCCUUUGAGCAAAUCUAGGAAACAUUCUUCGAUGACAAACGUUGCUACUCCGGAGUUGACGACGCUCACGCCCAGGCGGUCUACAAGGGCGUCGUCUCUAGCCAGGGAGCUACUAACCAGCACCCCGGCUCGCCGAACUCGUCGCACAACGGAAACGUCAACGGAGUCCAAGCACUUAUCGCCCGAAGAAGCGAACGACAGUAUCGUUGACGAUAGCAAGUCGGAAGUUUCAAACGUUAGCACCGGUAGUCGCAGGAAUACUCGACGUUCGACAGCGGCACGCAAACUUCCCCUUCAACCUACAAUAUCCGAAGAAUCGACGGACAUGCCAUCUCCGAAAGCUUCGAAAUCUUCCUCCGGAAAGGUCGAGGAAGAAUCGUUUGCAGAGUAUUCGACGAAUCGUCGACUCACGCGCCACCAGUCGGCCAUCAUCGAAAAAUCUCUAGACAUGGUUCGUAAACUGAACGCCUCAUCAGAAGACGCGACUCAUUCCGUGUCGUACGAUGAAGCAGACAGUGAGCCGGAAUCCGUCGUGUCCAACGCUAGUACGGUAUCGAAAAGGUCCACGCGUUCCAAAGCCAGUCAACAGUCGAAGGGUGGAAAGUCAACGGCUAGUGGGCGAGGCAAGGCAAAACCAACAACCAGUGCCAGUGGACGUUCCACGAGAUCUUCGGCGGCCUCGAAGCGGGACAAUAGCGAUGCGGACAGCGUUGAUACCGAUAUCGCGGAAAGUCCAGCCAAGAAAUCCAAACUGGAAACGAUUGCUGAGGAGGACGAUGAACCCGCCAUGAAAGGCCGACGACGGGGAAAACCUAAAAAGGUUUAAGAGGAGUAGCGGUAAUAGGCCGAUUGACUGCUGUCAGUGGUAUGUCAACAUACUAUCCGAUGCAUAGUUCCGUACAUAAUUAGAUGGUUUGUUAAAAUUAAUACGUUAUUUUUGUGGUAUUCAUUGUGUAUCUGUCCUAGAUUAUAUGCGUUUCAAUAUACAUAAUACUAAAUAAA